AUGUUCGCCGUCCCAGGUUGGUCGGUCGAGACCUCUGCUCUCAAGGCGCAGACCGAGCCACAAGCUCAGAAGAAAUCUGAACCAAAACCCAAUGCCCAAUCGAACAAGCGCAAGAGGGAUAAUGAUAAUGUCACCAAGCGCAAUGUGGAUCAGAUGUACCGCCGGCAUAUCGAAGGACAGAACGAUACUCCCAAAGGCAAGAAGCAGAAUGCGAAUAACAACUCCAUGAAGCCGGAAAAGAAGCGCAAGAAGGAACAGAAGCAGCAGAACGAAGAUGCUCAGGCAGAACAAAACGCAGAGCCGGAAGCCAAGCCGAACACGCAGGAGGAACCAGCUCAGGGUGAAGGAAAGAAGGCAAACAAGAAGCAAAAGAAGAACAAGAACAAAUCUCAGCAGCCCGGGUCCGAGGAAGCCACCACGGCAGCCCCAAGCAAUGAGUCCUUACCCGUGGCACCACCAACGACCCAGGCAACCCUUACUCCUCUCCAGCAAGCUAUGCGACAGAAGUUGAUUUCGUCCCGUUUCCGACAUCUGAAUGAAACCCUCUACACCACGCCCUCGGCCAAAGCCCUUGAGCUGUUCACCGCGAACCCAGAGCUGUUUGAUGAAUACCAUGCUGGAUUCUCGCGUCAAGUUAAGGAGUCUUGGCCCUCCAACCCCGUUGAUGGCUACGCCCAAGCUAUUCGGUCCCGAGGCAAGAUCUCAUCUGCCCCGAAGAAGGGUGGCAGACCCGACAAGAACAAGAAUUCGCUGGCCCUUCCCCGCCGACCCAAUGGAUUGUGUACCAUUGCUGACCUUGGAUGUGGUGACGCCCAGCUCGCCAGCGGACUCACACCCUCUGCACAGAAGUUGAACCUGAAGCUUCUUAGUUAUGACUUGCAUGCCCCCAACCAACUUAUCACCAAAGCGGAUAUUUCCAACCUCCCCGUUAAAGAAGGCUCUGUUGAUAUUGCUAUCUUUUGUCUUAGUUUGAUGGGCACCAACUGGGUGUCAUUUGUGGAGGAGGCAUGGCGAGUGCUGCGCGGUGACGGCAAGGGCGAAUGCUGGGUUAGUGAGGUCAAGAGUCGCUUUGGAAAAGUCAACCGCAAGAAGGCCCAAAUCGGCGCCAAGAAGCCCCUCAGCAAGGCCGAACAGAAGAAGCAGAAGAAGAAGCGCGGAGGUGCCGACGAUGAUGCCGGCUCAGAUGCCGAUGAUGCAGACAUCUACGCUGAGGAUGCCCGCCCGGCCGCUGACAACGAUGAAACCGAUAUCUCCACUUUCGUUGAAGUGUUCCGGACGCGUGGAUUCACCCUCAAACCUGAGUCUGUGGACAAGUCCAACAAGAUGUUUGUCAGGAUGGUGUUUGUGAAGCACGGCACGCCCACAAAGGGCAAACAUGCGUCUGUUACUGGUACCGGCGGAUCAGGGCCAGGAAAGAAGAAGUUCAUCGACAAGCAGCCCGAGGGAAAUAACAUGACACCCGAGGAAGAAGCCGCUGCUCUUAAGCCUUGUGUCUAUAAGAUUCGGUAG